AUGGCCCAGGAUGAGGCCGCCGCCGCCACCACCCCGCUAGAGGUGGCGACGCACUUCCCGGGCAGCAGCGGCAUCCGCCUCCCGACGGACCAGACGAUAGGUAUUGACGCGUCGAAGUUAUUUGACGUGAUCGCGCGGAUGGGCGGCGCCAUCGCGAAGCUGCAGGACGACCUGAAGACGCCGCCGCCGUGGGUCGCCGACGUCUCCGAGAAGCUGAAGCGGAUGGACAAAUUGGAUCAAGGGUUUUCUUCCUUGACUGAUGUGGUCGGCGACCUGAUGAGCGUGACGAAUGUCAAAGACGACCAGAUCGAGCAGGACAUGGACGCUAUCAAAAAGAGCGUCUGUCGCACCGAAAAAGAGGCGGCUCUGCAGACGCCGGACCCCUUCCAGCUGGCGCAGUUCAACCAACUCAAAGGAAGGCUGGACAACUUCGAGAACAAGCAGGCCUGCGCGCCCGCGUAUGAAGAUGUAGAACAGUUGAAAGAUUACGUGCGGGAGCGGUCCAAAAAACUGAAAGCUACCCUUGUCAACCUACAACAGCAGAUGGAGCGGCGGUUUGAUCAGCGGCUCAAGGACCAGAUCGGCAACUUCGGCAUCUGGCAGGCGAAUUUCACGCAAGUGAAUUCUGGCAGGCAACAAGUGCUCGAAGAUAAAAUUGGCGAGAACUACAAUGUCUUCAAUGAAUUCAGGAUGACGGUCAAUCGCAGCAUGGAGGACGCGAUGCAGGCCACGCACGAGAACAACCUGUAUGCGAAACGAGAAUUCCAAACGGUCAAUGGCCAAACGCUACAACUCCAAGCCGUGCUGCACGACGUUGUGGUAAGACUGGACGCCGCCGAGAAGAAGGUCCAGGCGAACAUCGAGGUCGUCGAUAACCUGGUCAAAAUGACCAAUGAACGACUAGCAAGACAUGAUGAAAAAGCUGCCGAAGCGGAAACUAGAUUGCAAUUACUCGAGGCGCAAGUGAACACGAACGAGAAGCGCACUGAAGAUUUAGAGGAACACGCCAAGGGCACGGACUGCGACAUACAGGUAUGUCAAGAGCGCAUUCAAAAAUUGGAUGACGAUCUCGGCGACGAGAUCAGUACGAGGCAGAAGGUCUCUGAUAAACUCGAAGACACAGUGCAUAGAGUGGAGGUCUGCGAGUUCCAGAACAAGCGGGAGCGGGAGGAGAGAAUAGGGAAUUUCACGGCGGCGCGCGGCGCCCAGAAGGCGACGGACGAUCGCUUGGACGAAGUGAGUGAGUUACUCGACUACACGAAGCAGCAAGUCACGCACGUCGACGACCUCACACGUGAUAUGCCGGACAAGCUGGACUAUCUUGAUGAAGAGGUUGAUAGCAUACGAACUACUAUUCAGGAAGGCGCGGCCAUGGCCGAAGAACUGAAACAGGGUCUGAAGGACAUGAAGGCCGCGCAGGCGCAACACCAGGCCAUCGAGGCUUCUAUCAAUAAUAUAACGAAGACGGUCCAAAAGCAAGAACAGAAGCAGCAGGAACUCGUGCAAGUGCAAGAACAAGCCAAGGAGGAGGCCCAAAAAAUCGUCCAGAUGCAGGAAGAAGCUGCGGAGUACGCGAAGGAGAUGGAGCAGCAGAUCGCCGAGGCCGAGAAUAAAGCGCAAGAGCAGGAACAGCGCGUCCGGGACCAGGUGAAGGUCAUGCAGGCGGACCAGAAGAAGGCGACCGAGAAGCUGCAGGAGAUCGUCGCUGUGGUCGAGGACGACGAUCCGACCGGGAUUCCUGGCGUCAACAAACCGGGCAUGGCGGGAUCGAUGGCUUCGAGACCACCGGAACAGCAGCAGAAGUUCAUGGACAACGAGGCCAUCGGCGUGGCCAAAGCCUGUUUUGAAUUCGAGAAGCUAUGUAAUGCGAAGAACCACAUCCCCGACCUGUCGCAAGAAGCAAUCAUGGCCAUCGCGUCUUCUACGUUGGAGAUGUCCGCCUUUAUUGCUGGUCGCGUAGAUAGAUGGGCCGUGGGCCAGCAGAUGAUGGACCGGCCCGCGGACGACCCGUUCGGGGACCACCACGUCGCCGACCAAGCGCAAAAAGAGAUGGAGGCCUGGAUCUCGGACACGGAGCGGCGCGUGAAAGCUUUAGCUGGAAGUAAUGACGUCGUGACGCCGUUGCAGUUGAAAGCUCGAGAAUUGUUCUUCGAAAAAUGUCACCACGCCCUGCGGACGGGGCUGACGAAGCACGACCAGGUCCUGGUGACCGAGAAGAGCGCCUUAAAGCACUCCCAGAACGUCCCGACCUGCGUCGCCUGCAACCGGCCGCUUCCCACGAAGCGGUCCAAGGGCGAGAAGGUGCGGUCGGACCGCGCGCGCGCGGAGAAGCCGGCCACGCCGAAGAAACAGCACCGCGAGAAGGACGACCCCGAGUACGUCAUGCGCGGCGGCUUCCGCAUGCCCAAGUCGUUGGACGGCGCGGACCCGGCCGCGCACGCGUCGCUGCCGCCGCUGCGGCCCGCGCCGGACGACGGCGAGCGGUACCGCGACGGGCGCGUGCGGAGCCCGGGCCCGGGCGCGCCCGACGACCAGCUCGUGGACCCCUGGAACGCGGCGGAGGCGGGCGCGUAA